AUGGAUAGUUCAUUGAUGAAUUAAGUUAUAUUUGAAAUAAAUUAAAUCAAAAUAUCAAAUAUUAUUAAACAAUUAAUUCGCUAUUUAUCAUUAAAAAUGUUACAGAGUAAAUUGAGAAUUUACUCAUGGUGCAUAUCUCUUUAAAUUGUCAUAUAUGCAUAAUUAUAUGCUAGUUAUGCAUGCGAUUUCUCAUAAAUGAAUUAACUGCAUGAAUUUAUUAGUAAUAACUCGAAAAUAGCUAAAUAAACCUUAGAUUUAUAUAUCCAUUAGGAGCAAUUAGAAAACAUGGUAGCUUAUUAGGUUGAAAUUCUCUAAAAAAUUUUAGGUUUUACUGAAAAAAAUCAACUAAAUAUUUUAUAUUUUGAAGAUUAAAGCUAAAACUGUAGCAAUGAAAGUUAAUCUAGUUUUAUUGGUAUCUAUUAAAACCAAGAACAAUAAAUCUAUUGUUAUAAGGGAUUUUUUAUUGUUGUGUUUAAAAAUCCAUAAAAAGAUGAGAGCAAUUUUAUUUAAACUUUGUUUAAAAAUUGUACAAUUAACAUAAUGAUGGUAUCUGAAAACUAUAAUUUAAUUUAAAACAAAGGCUUAGAGCAAAACAAAAUUUAAAUUGAGCUGAUUAGCAUUUUUGACUUUGUUGAUUAAAAUGAAUUAAUGUUAGCUCUUUAAAAAGUGAUAGAAUAUUUAUAAUGUUAGAUUUCUUCAAAUAAUAAUAAUUACUUUAGGAACUUAAAUUACUUUAUUAAAAAAAAUAAAAUUAGAAUACUUCCUUAAUGUGAUGUAAAUAAUUGUUCUAAAUGUGCUCCUGGUUAGAAAAACACAUGUUCUGAUUGCAAAAAAGAUUUUGCUUUAGUCUCUACUUCAAGCUGUUCAAAAUGCGGAUCUGGUUAAUAAUUUUAAUCUACUUCUUAACCUUGUAUUUAAUGUCCUUUUUAUUGCACUACUUGCAAUAACUCUUCUACUUGCACUGAAUGCAAUCCUAACUAUUAAUUAGAUUCUUCUAAAAACUGUCAGCCUUGCAAACUUACUAAUGGAGAGUACUAUGAUUCUAAAUAGAAGAAAUGUGGUAGUUGUCCUACUUAUUGCUAAUAAUGCAGCAGUUCUUCAAAUUGUUCUGUAUGUUAACCAGGCUAUUCGUUAAACUCUUAAAAAAAUGGUUGCUAAAUUUGUUAAACAAAUUAAGGUUAGUUUAUUGAUCCCAGUAAUUAAACAUGCGGUCAAUGUUCUUCUUAGUGCUUAAAAUGUACUAGCCCUACAAAUUGUACUGAAUGUUAAGCUAAUUAUUAAGUAAAUGCUUCAAAUAAUACUUGUUAAGCUUGUUAAAUAAGUUAAGGCUAAUAUUAUGAUUCUUCUGCUAAAAAAUGCACCAAUUGUUUUUUAAAUUGUUUAUAAUGUACCAACUCAUCAAAUUGUCAAUUAUGUAAACCUGGAUACUAUCCUAACUCCAAUUAAUGCUCUCAAUGUAAUAACUAGUGUCUGACUUGCAAUGGACCAAAUUAAAAUAAUUGCCUUUCUUGUAAUAGUGGACUCUAUUUAUACACAAAUAAUUCAACAUGUUAACCUACUUGUAAUACAGCAGGAGGCUAUUUCAUAAAUUAAAAUACAUGCUCCCCAUGUGAUUAAACUUGUGCUACUUGUAACGGAUCUUCUAGUACUCAAUGCAUUACUUGUGCAACUGGAUAUUACAAAUACGGUGCAGAUAAUCUUUGUAAAACAUGCCCACCUAAUUCUACUUAAACUGUACUAAGCAAUUGCCAAAGCUCUUCAUUGCAAUGCCUCCUUAAUAACCAAACAAAAAAAUAUGAAUUAACUAAUGUAUGUUCUGUUUGCAACUAAGGAUACACUUUAAGUAACAAUAUUUGCAUAGAUAGCUGCUCUCUAAUUACCUAGAAUUACUAUUAUCAUUUAAGUACUAAUUAAUGUAAAUGUUCUUCUAGCUAUUUGUACAAGCACAUAAGAAAAGACAAUUCUGUAUUUUGUAGUAAUCAAUAGUAACCAGGAUAUUAUUGUGAUACCGAUUAAAUCUGUAAUGUGUGCAAAUAACUAAAUUGUUAAACAUGCCCUGACUAAAAUACUUGUACAUUAUGUAAUAAUGGAUAUUAUCUCUGGCUAAAUCAGUGCCUUUAGUCAUGUUCUUCCUCUCAAAAUUUGCAAAUUUCUAGCUCUUAAUCACAGUGUGAAUGUGCUUAAAAUUAUAUUCUUAUCACCCCAGACAAUAUUUGUGUUAUUAAGUUGAGUAUAACUUCAAUUAAUCUCUCUAAAGAUUCUCAAUACAAUGUGAUAACAGUUAUUUUUAAUAGAGUACCUUAUCCAAAUGAAACAAAUGGGAUUAGUAUACAAUUAGAUCCUGGCAAAUUAAUUUUGAAUACAGAUUAUCGAAUUGUAUCAUAACAACUGAUUAGUAACACAGUUGUUUUUAAUAUAUCUGUCGAAUAAAAUAGAAGAGUUAAUUAAAUAGUAGUCUCUUACAAUAAUCAACAAACUACAUUCUAAUUAUAAAAUGCUAUUCUCACUACAAGUACUUAUAACAAUUCUCAGCAAAGUGUUUAGGGAAAAAUUGAUAGUGCUUCAAGCGCUAGCAAGGCUCUUACUUCUGGUUAAGGAAAUGGCUAUAGCAUAAUUCUCAUACUCAAAAAAUUCUAAAUUUUGUGUUUCCUUUCAAAUUUUAUUUAAUUUUUUGGACCAUUAGUUUUAUUUAAAAACUAUCUACCUCAAAUAGUUUAUGUAGGAACAAUUCUAGCAUCUUCAUUUAUAUUUACUUCUAUCCCUGAUGCUAGUUAAUUAGAUGCAAAUAGUUAAAGUGAUAGCACAAGUUAAGGCUCAACUUCAUCUGAGCAGUAGCUUUUGUAAGACUUAGGAUUGUAAGCAAAUUUAUACUAUGCUCUUCCCAUACCAAAUAUAUCUUUAAUAACAUCAGUUGUAAUAGUCCUUCUUUGCUGCUUUGCUAGAUGGGUUAUGAAAGGAAAGCAGUAUACUAUGGAAAUAGUAAACUUUUUAAUCAAUGUAGCAUCAUCUGUUCAAUAAGGCUUUAUUACUCCCUCUCUAUUUAGCAUUUAUUACUGCCUAGCAUAUACAUAAGAGAAAUAUUUUGCUGUUAUUUAAUUGCUUAUCCAUGCAGCCUUUUUUGUUUUAAUUUACUGUUUUUCUUUUAAAAAAGAUGUAAAUUAUAUUGAAAGUUAUUUACCCAAUUUUGCUUUAAAUAUUAACACAAAGGCAAAGGGAUGGAGUACUUAUUUAUUUGCAAGCUACAUAAAAAAGUAUACUAUCAUUUUACUUAUUUUAAUGAUUCCCAGCCAUCCUUACGUUUGUUGCAUAGUCAUAUCAAUUACUUUUGGGUGCUUUGGAUUAUACAUUUUAUAUUUUAGAUUUUUUAACAGUAAAUUUAUCAAUAUUUACAAAAUAAUUUAAGAGUUUUUCAUCUCUGUUACAGUAAUUCUGUUUAUGGUUUGCAUAAAGAAGUAAUAAGAUAUUUUAAACUAAGAUACAAUAUCUGAUGAUGACUUGAAGAAAGUAGAUUAAUUUAGCUUAAUAGUAAUAAUUAUGCUUGCAAUCUGUUUAAUGAUGAGUUUCUUCUUAUUCUUAAUUAGAUUGGUAAUCUAACUUGUAGAAAUUUUUUAAAAACUAAAAAAUUAUUUGACAAAAAAAAAUGAAAAAGAAUAGCUAACUGAGUCAUUUGAUUAAAUCUUGGAAUAAUUUAACUCAUCUAAAUAAAAUUUAGUUUUUUAUAACAAAACAAAAGUAAGAAGAGAAAGUUUGAACUAAAAAGAGCAACCCUAAAAAAUAGAUUUAGAAUAAUGA